GGAGAGUCAAUGGGAACAAGCUAACUUUACGCUGGCUAGCCUUCAAGUGGAAACCUAGCUAGGCUAUCGGGGGCUGGUAUAUAUGUGUGUGUGCGGGUUAAGUGUUUGAAAACCAGCCUUUUUCUCUUAGUAGUAGCGGGACUAUACUUUCGUGCAUGGGAAGCAGGCAACGCUCGCAGCGGCUGGCUAACAACGCUUCAAGGUGGCGACAGACAAGGUUGCUGGAAAGCUGAGUUCUACUCUCUCAUGGGUGAAGAACUCGGUGUCCCACACGGUCAGUCAGAUGGCUAGCCAGGUGGCCACGCCCACAUCCCUGCAGACCACUGCUACCUCCUCCUCGACCUCUCUGUCCUCGCCUGCCCUCUCGCCGUCCUCGCCGGCGCAGCUCAGUCCCGAUGAUGUGGAGCUGCUUGCCAAGCUCGAGGAGCAGAACAGGCUGCUGGAAACGGACAGCAAGUCGCUGCGCUCCAUGAACGGCUCCAGGAGAAACAGCGGCUCGUCCCUGGUGUCCAGCUCCUCCGCCUCCUCCAACCUCUCCCACCUGGAGGAGGACUCCUGGAUCCUGUGGGGACGGAUUGUCAACGAGUGGGAGGAGGUGCGCAAGAAGAAGGAGAAGCAGCUUAAGGACCUCGUCAGAAAAGGUAUUCCUCACCACUUUCGGGCAAUAGUGUGGCAGCUGUUGUGCAAUGCCCAGAACAUGCCCAUCAAGGAUCAGUACUCAGAGCUCCUCAAGAUGACAUCACCCUGCGAGAAGCUGAUUCGCAGAGACAUUGCUCGCACUUACCCCGAGCACGAGUUUUUCAAGGAAAAGGACAGCUUGGGGCAGGAAGUGCUCUUCAAUGUCAUGAAGGCAUACUCUCUGGUGGACCGUGAGGUCGGCUAUUGUCAGGGAAGUGCGUUCAUCGUAGGACUGCUACUCAUGCAGAUGCCAGAAGAGGAAGCAUUCUGUGUGUUUGUGAAGCUGAUGCAAGACUACAGAUUACGGGAGCUCUUCAAACCCAGCAUGGCUGAACUGGGACUUUGCAUGUACCAGUUUGAAUGCAUGAUCCAGGAGCAGCUCCCUGAGCUGCACAUACAUUUCCAGGCUCAGAGCUUUCACACCUCCAUGUAUGCCUCCUCUUGGUUCCUCACCAUCUUUCUCACCUCCUUCCCUUUGCCUGUUGCUACAAGGAUCUUUGAUAUCUUCAUGUGUGAGGGUCUGGAGAUUGUUUUCCGUGUGGGGCUGGCCAUCCUUCAGAUGAACCAGGCUGAACUCAUCCAGCUCGACAUGGAGGGAAUGUUACAGCACUUUCAGAGGGUCAUCCCACACCAGCUGGACAGUGGCCCAGAUAAGGUCAUCCAGGCUGCCUAUCAAGUUAAAUACAAUGCCAAGAAGAUGAAAAAGUUAGAGAAAGAAUACACUACAAUCAAAACAAAGGAGAUGGAGGAACAGGUGGAGAUAAAGAGGUUGAGGACAGAGAACAGGCUUCUGAAGCAGAGGAUAGACACACUAGAGAAAGAAAGUGCUUCCUUGGCAGAUAGAUUGAUCCAGGGACAAGUGACUCGAGCUCAAGAGGCGGAGGAAAACUACCUGGUCAAGCGGGAGCUGGCCACGGUCAAACAGCAGAGCGAGGAGGCCAGUGCUCAGCUGGAGCAGGCCAAGAGCACCAUCAGGCAGCUCCAGCAGCAGCCACAAGCGAAGGGACCCCCUCGGUUCUCUGAGGAGUCCGUCCUGCAGCUGGAGAGGGAGCUGGUGCAGGCCCGGCUGAAGGAGGCAGAGUCCCAGUGUGCUCUCAAGGAAAUGCAAGACAAGAUCCUUGAUAUGGAGAAGAGAAACACAUCGCUACCAGAUGACACCAAUGUGGCUCGACUGCAAGAGGAGCUGAUCGGGGUGAAGCUGAGGGAAGCCGAGGCUCUGACUGGGCUGAAGGAACUGAGACAGCAGGUCAGAGAUCUGGAGGAGCACUGGCAGCGUCACUUGGCACGCACUGCCGGCCGCUGGAAAGACAGUCCCAAGAAGAACGCGCUGAGCGAGCUGCAGGACGAGCUGAUGAGCGUGAGACUGCGUGAGGCCGAGGCCCAGGCGGAGCUCCGAGAGACGAGGCAGAGGAUGCUGGAGCUGGAAACACAGAAUCAGAUCCACAGUAACCAACUGCGACGGGCGGAGCAGGAGGGCCGCUGCCUCCAGGAGCGCGUGCAAACACUGACGACGCAAAAUAAAGAUGUGCAUGUGCAGCUGCAGGAGAUCAAGAGGAGACAAGCUGAGAUGGAAUGCAAGAGUAAAGAGGAGGUGAUGGCAGUGCGGCUGAGGGAAGCUGACAACAUUGCUGCUAUGGCUGAACUCCAGCAACAGAUCUCAGAGCUUGAGAUUCAGAAAGAAGAAGGAAAGGUCCAAGGCCAGCUGAACCACACAGAUUCGAGUCAGUACAUCCGCGACCUCAAAGAUCAGAUAGCAGAGUUGAAACAUGAGAUUUGCUGCUUAAAAGGGCAGAGGGCCUUGGCCGGCCAGCCCACCUUUGAUGGGAUACACAUCGUCAAUCACUACGGUGGGGAUGAUGAGUCUUACCAGUCUUCAGACGAAGACGGAGUCAAGGACUCGACCCUCCAGGUCCCCCAGCAGAGGAGUGGCGGCCGAAUCCGACUGCGUCCCAACCUGGCGGACACCGACAGCGAUGAGGAGGAGGAGGAGGAGGAAGAGGAGGACGGGGAGGCCCUGCGGCUCUCUGUGCCUCAGAGCAGCAGCCACAAGUCCACCACCGUGUGACCAGCAGCAGCCGGCCGCCACCGUCCAGACAGAGGCGCCCACCGAGGACGAGCCGGGCGUCUGCAGCAGCCAUUUCAGAGGAGAGGUCUGGAUCUGGAGCUCUGUGCUUCAGAGAGGAAAUGCAUCAUCAUUUCAUAUCACGAGAAUCACACUUAAGGAUUUAGUUUUCUUUGUUUACCUCUAUUUUGUAGAUUUUUUUGUUGUUUUUUUUUUGUUUUUGUUUUUGCCUUGGGGGCAGCAAACGGUUGUCUGUCUGAGCAGCGCUGACAGAAGCCAGCCUGCACCUGAGCAGAGAAUGAAACGUGGAGCGUAUCAAACUAUCCUGGACCCCAGACAGAAGGUGGCGUCUGUCUGUCCUCCUGUAGGUACAACACAGAGACAGAGACUGUGCAAUAAAACAUUUUAUGCUACAUUACACACUUCAUCCAACGCGUUUUUAUAUUUUUAAAGCAUUUUAUAAAUGAACAUCAGAAACGUAUUGAUGCCGUUACUACUAAGUGUCUGACCUGCAGAGGCAGAACCGUGUGAGUGUGUUUCACUGUGUGUGUAUCUAUUGUGUUGAUGAGCUUGGUCAGAGCCUGGUAUCAAAGCCGCUUCUAUCAGCCAGCGACCGCCUUAAGCACGUGUCGCACAAGGUCAGUGUGACAUCUGCACACAUGUACAUAUGUAAAUGUGUAUGAUGUUGGUUUUUCUGCAGUUCAUUUUGAACUUGAACAUAUGUAUCUAUUGCAUAUCUGAUGUUUAGAAUAUAUUGUACAAUUGAGAAAAAGGGACAUAUAACUUAGUUUAUUAAUGACAAAUCCUGCUUUUGAGACGAAUAAGGCGAAUUCCUGUUAGGAGAGUCUCCGUUCAUUAGAAGCCUUCAGCUCGCCGUCUUUAGAGCAGUUAACAUGAAUAAUAAGCGCAGAGAGGGGACAGAUUUAUCACUUAGCUACUGUUGCAGCCAGUUCUCUGAAAGCAUCCUGACUGUCUUUCACGAUGACAAGAAGGCAGAGAGUCAACUGAGCACACACUCUUGCUGAUGAGUCAAACAUGAGUAAUGUCUAUCAUAUGUUCUGUGUGUAACAAACUUGAACCGAGGACAGUCCGAGGGAACGUCAACUGGGAGACGAAGCUGAGAUAACAUAUAACACAAUCUGGAGAUGAAUCAGGAGUCGCCGAGUGUUACCAAAGCAAGCACUAUGUUCUGUGUUGUGCUCGUCCACAAGCCAGUUCCACUCCAUUUCAUGCGCAACGACCUGGAACUGAAUUUCUCUGAAUGUCCGUAUUGAACACUAACACUGAAGUGAACGCAGGAGACGCGAGAUCCCGCCUUGGAGCUGAGGAGGAGGAUGAGAGUCUCUCUGAUGAAGACACCCUGUGUUGUUUAAGGGGAGAGGAACACGUUAUGGCACUUUUUUUUUUUGGAGUCUGCAGUGCAGUAAGGACACACAUGGCAACACUAUGGAGCACACUCUGGAAACUAAAUGAGAUUGUUGUGCGUGUGUGUGAGUGUGUGAUGAGUUCACAAUAAAAUGUUUGAUAAACUCUU